AUGGAAACGCACAUCUCGUGCCUGUUCCCGGAGCUGCUGGCCAUGAUCUUCGGGUACCUGGAGGUGCGCGACAAGGGCCGCGCGGCGCAGGUGUGCACGGCCUGGCGGGACGCCGCCUACCACCGCUCCGUGUGGCGGGGCGUGGAGGCGAAGCUGCACCUGCGCCGCGCCAACCCCUCGCUCUUCCCCAGCCUGGCGGCGCGGGGCAUCCGGCGGGUGCAGAUCCUGUCGCUGCGGCGCAGCCUGAGCUACGUGAUCCAGGGCAUGGCGGACAUCGAGAGCCUCAACCUCAGCGGCUGCUACAACCUCACCGACAACGGGCUGGGCCACGCCUUCGUGGCGGAGAUCAGCUCCCUGCGCUCGCUCAACCUCAGCCUCUGCAAGCAGAUCACGGACAGCAGCCUGGGCCGCAUCGCCCAGUACCUGAAGGGGCUGGAGGUGCUGGAGCUGGGCGGCUGCAGCAACAUCACCAACACCGGGCUGCUGCUCAUCGCCUGGGGCCUGCAGCGCCUCAAGAGCCUCAACCUGCGCUCCUGCAGGCAUCUCUCCGACGUGGGCAUCGGGCACCUGGCGGGCAUGACGCGCAGCGCCGCCGAGGGCUGCCUGGGUCUGGAGCAGCUCACGCUGCAGGACUGCCAGAAGCUCAGCGACCUCUCGCUCAAGCACCUGGCCCGCGGGCUGGGCCGCCUCCGCCAGCUCAACCUCAGCUUCUGCGGGGGCAUCUCGGACGCGGGGCUGCUGCACCUGUCGCACAUGAGCAGCCUGCGCAGCCUCAACCUGCGCUCCUGCGACAACAUCAGCGACACGGGCAUCAUGCACCUGGCCAUGGGCAGCCUGCGGCUCUCCGGCCUCGAUGUCUCCUUCUGCGACAAAGUGGGGGACCAGAGCCUGGCCUACAUCGCGCAGGGACUGGACGGGCUGCGCUCGCUCUCCCUCUGCUCCUGCCACAUCAGUGACGAGGGCAUCAACCGCAUGGUGCGGCAGAUGCACGGGCUGCGCACCCUCAACAUCGGCCAGUGCGUCCGCAUCACCGACAAGGGCCUGGAGCUCAUCGCUGAACACCUCAGCCAGCUGACGGGCAUCGACCUCUACGGCUGCACCCGCAUCACCAAGCGGGGCCUGGAGCGCAUCACCCAGCUGCCCUGCCUCAAGGUGCUCAACCUGGGACUGUGGGAAAUGACUGAGAGCGAGAAGGUCAGGUGAGAGGAGGGGGUGCCCCGAGACCUCCGUCUCCUCCGGAGGAACUCACGGACUGAAGGACUGACUGACUGCUGCAACGGAGGAGAGGAGAGAGGGGCACGCGCACAGCCAUGCUACCCACGCACCCUGGCACUGGAGGGAAGAACAGAGCGAGUAUCCUUGACCCCUGUGUGCUGCCUGCCUGCCCUCGUUCUGGAGGAGAAGGAGGAAAGGGUGGGGUGGGGGGGCAGGAGGAAAGAGAGAAAACACCCACCCUUUUUCCAGGUCAUGCCUCGAGCUCCACACAGGGGAAACAGAGCUCUCCGCAUCCCUACCCCAGCAUCCUCCCCCUUACAGAAGAGGUAGAAGCCCACACUUAUGCACUGGGGCUAGAGACACCCCUCUUUAUCCCCACUCCCCGAUUCCAUCCCCUCCUGCACUAAGGAUGGAUAAAGAUCGAGACCCUUGCUCUGCCAUGUAUUGAGAAUAGAUUAUUUUUGAUUUAUAUAAAGGAGAGUAGGAAUGGAAAUGGGAACAAACAAUUAGAACAGCAGGAAAGGCUUCCUAGCUACACUUAUGUACCUGGCCACCCAGUCAUCCUGCACUGGGCACAGACACAGCUUUUGGUUACAAAAAAAAUAAAAGCCCUGAAAAACAAA